CACACACACACACACACACACACACACACUUCUUACCCACACCCCUGGAUUUCUUGGAGUAUGUGUAUGUGUAAAGGUUAUAAGGUAAAGGUCUGUGUCCGUUUGUCAGUGUGAUUAUAACGCGGACUGAAAUGGACGUCUCGAUCCGUGUCGCCACCAUUGAGGACUGUAAAGACAUCAGGCGCAUGAUGUCAGAGCUUGCAGAGUAUGGGAAAAUGACAGAUCAUAUUACACUUACACAAAAAGACCUAGAACAGGAUGGGUUCUCUAAAAACCCAUUUUUCCAUGUGAUAAUCGCUGAGGUUCCAGAAAAAUACAAGACCAAAGAUGGACAUACGAAAAUAGGAUUUUCCAUGUAUUUCUACAUUUAUAGCUGGAAAGGAAAAGCUGUGUUUAUGGAGGACUUGUACGUGAUGCCAGAGUUUAGAGGAAAGGGCAUUGGCAAAGCAUUGAUGAGUAAAGUUGCACAGCUGGGACAGGCUGCUGACUGCACUCAGCUCAAGUUUACUGCGUUGAACUGGAACAAGACAGCGCUGGACUUCUACCUGAAUCAGGGUUGUGUGGACCUGACCUCUGACCUGGGUUACCAUUACCUUUGCUGUCAUGGGGAUGCCUUUCAAAAAAUGGCUGAUAAAGGAUCUGGUUAAUUUCCGAUUCAUUACUUCUAUGCCUAACUAAACUUCAGAAGGUUUUGGUCCAGCACAAUAUUUGGUUGUUUUUUUUUUUUGAAAGGCCACAUGAAAAAAAAAUAUAUAUAUAUCAAAAUUCAUAGCCAAUGUCAUAUGUGUGGUGGCCUGAGAAAACCCAGAUGUUGCUAUGACUAAAUUCUGGAAAACAGCAAAUAAUUAGAUUAAAAAAGGUCUCAAAACGAAUGAAGUUGUCAGAUAACUAAUUUUAGUCUAUAUGAAAAUUAUUACAAAACCGAAAAAUUACAAUAAUAAAACUACAAUCAAGACAAUCAUGUAGUAUGUAUUUUUACCUGCAAAAUUACAAAAAU